AUGAACAAAAACAUCACCCUUUUUUUCUUAAUGUAUGUAGAUAUCAUCAUCUUUUCCACAUUUGUGAUUCAGAAAAUGCCCAAAAAGAGCUCAUCUAAGACGCAAAAAACAGGGCUACAAAACCCUGUUGUAGCCACAUGGGAAAAGCCAAAAAAGACUUCAUCUAAGCCUCCCAAAAAAUCUCCUCUACCAAAGGAGAAACCAUGCUCUAGCUCUACACCAAAAUCAUUUGGGCAAGAAAUCGAGGAUAUUUUCUCUAAAAAAAGAAAGAAACCCGAGGAGCAACAAAAGAGCAAAAAAAGGGUUAAAGAUGGAAAACAUGAUGAAUCUUUGGACAGAAAGAAGCUAAGGAAUAAAUCUGGAGGGUCUAAUGUGAAAAUAUUUGAAAACGAACAAACUGUUACACCAAAGAGGAAAACAGGAGAUGGUCUAGUGAUCUACUCGGAAGAGGAGUUGGGAAUUGGUAAGGCGGAUGCUGGGGGAACUCGACUUUGUCCUUUUGAUUGUGAUUGUUGUUUUUGA